CACAGCGUACCGCGCAUGCGUCAAAUUGAAACGGCCGUGGCGGUAAAAGGAGUCACCUCCUUGCUAGGCUAGCAGUCAACAAAACAUUGUUUUUACUCCAACUAUCUGAAAACUAAGAUGGUUGAAGGUCCGGGGUGCACAUUGAACGGGGAGAAGAUCCGCUCGAGGGUCCGUAAAGGACAAGAAGUGAAAGAGACGAGAGGCAGCAUGUUCACGGCGAAGGGAAGGGACACGGAGAGAAACAUCGCCAUCCAGCGGCUGCAAGGUUGUCAGUACACCGGCGUGGACACCCUGGGGAAAGAACUCUUCUUGUAUUUCGGUGCACACACGAUAAGAGUCCACUUUGGCAUGAAUGGCUCGAUGCGAAUCAACUCCGCUGAGAGGAAACACAGCAGUGGCUCACUCCCAGUACUGGAAAUACACCUGACUAAUGACACCGUGUGCUUCUUUGACAGCACUGUGGAAUUGAGGUUGACAGACGACUGCGAGCAGAGGCUGAGAGCUCUUCAGGCCCUGGAUGUGUGCUCCCCGAAGUUCAGCUUCAUCCGCUCAGCGGAGGCAGUGAGACGGCGCGGAGGCAGGAUGCUCUGCGACGUCCUCCUCGACCAGGCCGUCAUGCCGGGAGUCGGCAACAUCAUUAAAAAUGAAGCCCUGUUCGACGCGGGCCUACACCCGGCCGUGAAGGUUGAGCAGCUGUCAGAACAGCAGGUCCUCCACUUGGUGAAGAUGACGCGUGAUUUCACUCUUCUUUUCUACAAAUGUCGCAAGUCUGGCUCUCCCCUCCACAAACAUUACAGCGUGUACAAGCGCCCCCAGUGCCGCCUGUGCGCCAGUAGCAUCACCGUUUGUCGUCUUGGCGACAACGGCAGGAUGACGUACUUCUGCGACCGCUGUCAGAAAGCGGAUGCCAGAAGUGUUACUGUCAGCACACUUCCUGUCAGGAACAGUCUGAUCGGCUGGGUCAGCAGCAGGGGAGCCGAUGAAAAGGUAGCAAGGAAGGAGGAGGAAGACUGGGCCUGUCACCUGUGUACCCUCAUCAACCGGCCAGGCGCCAGCACCUGUGACGCCUGCCUCACUCCCAGAGCUCAGGUUCAACAAGAGGCCACCGUCUCUGAUGGAUGGCCGCCGCCCUCCACCAGUCUGGUGCGCUACCCCUGCGCUGCCUUCAAGAAGCCUCAGGAGGAGCGCAAACUCAACUGGCGCGCUGCAUUUGGGACUUCCACGCUGAUUUUCUCAGACUUGAGCGAGCAGCCAAGGCCCGCAGACUCCCCGCUCUGCAGUAAUUUGAAUUAUUCGCCGCCCGAGCGAGAGGGCCCGUUUAAAUCCGGCGCCUGCCAAGGGACGCCGGGCCCCAAUUACGCCUCUGGUGGCAGGCAGAGGCAGCGCGCCCAACCGCCCGCUGGGGAAACGCUGGCCUCGUACAGUCAGCCGUUGAAGAAAAUGAAAAUUGAUCACAGUCCUUCUCCCGGUAACAAGUCAGGUGCGCCGGGUCCCUCAGCCCCCCCUUGUUGUGCGUCCCACGGCCGCCCGGCUCUUCUCCGAGUGGUCCACAAGGACGGGGACAAUAAGGGACGACACUUUUACGUCUGCUCGCUGCCCAGAGAGACACAGUGUAAAUUCUUUGAGUGGGCAGACUUGCACUUUCCUUUCUGUCACCACAGCAAGCGAUGCUUGAUGAGGACCGUCCUCAAGCUCGGACCCAACAAUGGCCGCAACUUCUACACCUGCAGCUUGCCAAAGGAUCGGAUGCUAAGUUUAAGUAAAACUGAGUUGAGGAUCAGCAGUCUAAACCCGAAGUGUCUCUUUAAGAGAGGCGUGUACCUUUUAGCCCAGCUGAUCGGCGUUAGGACUCAACCCGGUGUGCAGCCACUUGACGGAAGUCGAUGCCAUCCCCUUUGUGCUGCUAGAAAACCAAAAGAAAAAGAAGAAGAAGAAGAACUCUAGCAUGCAAUUACUGGUAUCAUGGCCGAAGCUCCAAAACAACCAAAGAAACGAAAAGUUUUGUCUGAGGAGGAAAUAAAAGAAAAACAGAGCCUAAUUAUUAUAGGCCAGUGAGGACCAACAUUUGCUUUUACUCACUGACAUGAGCUCAAAGACGCGGAAUUAGUAUAAAAAAAACAACUGUCUGUCCGUAUUUCGAUGUGUUUGUGUGUGUCUGUGUAGUCAGAUUUGUGUGAAGCAGGAACACUGAUUGGUUGUCUUUUUACAUGUGACUUUUGCAACACCUCAGUAAGAUGUGUGUGUCCGUGCAGCGUUCCUAACAAAUGAACCUUAGACAGAUCAUUUUCAAGUUUUAGUACCAUGACUGGUUAGUUGGUUUGCUCCAAUAAAAUGUUGUUGUUGCUUUUUUAUUGUUUUUUUUAAGCACUAUACCUUAUUUUUUUAAACAUCUUAACACAAAAAGGACAUACACAAGCGUUUUAGGACAAUAAAAAAAAUUAUCUGCAGUACGCUGGUGUCUUUUUAGGAUUUUGUAGAAAUACAGAAUUUGUAUUCCUGCUGUAGGAGCACAUGCAUUCAGAGGAGGAGCUACACCUUCAUGUUUAGAUACCAGUUUCACGCAUUAAUAACACAACAUGUGAAUUAUUACGAUUAUGCUUUGAUGUUUGGUUAUGUAUAAUGUGAUAUUUGUACUUGAAUAAAUGCUUCUGCUAUUCUGUACGUUACAUGUUGUACAAGUUAAUCAUAUUUGUUUUGCUGCCUGACAAUUAUUUACCUUCUUUUAUUUAUUGAUAAAAAUGUAAUGUCCAGCCUGUUAAAUAAGAUGUGACUGUGGAAAACACUGUGGUAGACCAGUUGAGGAAAUGUGGUCUUUCAGUCAUUAGCAGCUGAUAACUGAAAUUUAUUGGAGACAGUUUGCACUCUUUUAUGUUUCAUUAAAAAAAACAAAUAAAAUCAGUUUGCACAAAUACAAA